UUUGUUUGCAGGUACUUAGCAACAGGCGAUUCAUUUACAACCAUUGCUUUUAGUUAUCGUUUGGGAAUCAGUACUGUGAGACGUGCCGUGUUAGAAGUUUGUGAUGCUGUAAUAAAAAAUGUACUGCGAGAAAGUAUCCCGACGCCUGGCAUCGAACAAUGGGAAAAAAAUAUAGAAGAAUAUUGGAAUAAAUGGAAUUUUCCUAAUUGUGUAGCUUCUAUAGAUGGAAAGCAUGUUAUUAUUUUAUCACCACCAAACAGUGGUUCUUUGUAUUUUAAUUAUAAAAAAACAUUUUCUAUCGUACUUAUGGCUUUAGUUGACGCUAAUUAUAACUUCAUAGCUGUUAACGUUGGUGCUUUCGGCAAAGAUAGUGAUGGGGGUAUUUUGUCAAAAUCAAAAAUGGGCAGAGCUAUAUUCGAAAAUAAAUUUAAUAUCUCCAGUAAUAGAUUAUGGGGGUGUAGAGUUGGUAUAAAUGAAACCCCAUAUAUUAGGAAGCACCUCAUGCCAAUUCACGUUAUCACAUUCUUCUCACUGAGUUUCCGGAGGUUACAAAACCAUCGGUGUUUGCCGGGGACUAAUGUCAGUGCACCGUGUGUAAUAUUAGGAGAUGAAGCUUUCUCCUUAAAAAACAAUCUUCUAAGACCUUAUCCCUCACAACAGUCCAUAAACGAUAGCAAGAAAGGCCAUUUUAAUUAUCGCCUUUGCCGUGCACGACGUGUUGUAAAAAAUGCUUUUGGAAUUUUAUGUCAAAAAUUUCGUAUUUAUAAUAGACGUAUGCAUUUAAAACCAGAAUAUUCCGAAAAAAUUGUACUAACUACUUGCAUAUUGCAUAAUUUUUUAAGACGCGGCGACUGUAUCCUUGACGGAAACUAA